CGCACUUGGAUUACCGGGCAGUCAACUGUCACCGCUCAUAACGGCUACAGACCGGCGCCCUGCCCAGCGCUCCUCUCCCGCGCGCAUCGCCGGUCAUUAAUUCAUCUCAUAAAAAGGCAGACGCCUGGGUAAAGCCGCGUCAGUAUGAGCAUUUGAUUGCUUUUUAUUCUGGGUUUUAUCUCCGUGGAUGCAAAAAAAAAAAGUUUUUAUUGACGCUGCGUUAAAUAGGAGCGCACAAGCUGCGAGUCAGUCUCCGAGGACGGACACCACCGGGCUUCUCUGAACCUCAUCAGCAUCACUGUCACUGCGGCUGCUGUUUCUAAAAUCUGUUGAAGUAAGAUUUGCCUGUGAGAAGAAGAUAUGACGUUAGCGGGCUCACUUUGGAUCCUUUGGUUUCUCCUGGUGCGCUGGGUGGCGGGAGGCGCAGAGUCAAUCUCAGAUCCAUCACUCAGGCCUGGACAUAGCAUGACAGAUGGACAUGGCCAGACGCUGAGCAAGGGUCAAUAUAAAUGUCUUGAGCUCUCCCACAAAGACCACCAAGAUAACAGAACCGUUACCUUUUGUGGACGCAUGUGGGAUGGCUUAUUGUGCUGGGAUGAGACACCAGCUGGGACGUCUGUAACACAAAACUGUCCAGAUCACCCAGACCUGGACCCAACUGAAAAAGUGACCAAAUAUUGUGCCGAAUUGGGUAACUGGGUCCAGACUGGGUCCACUUGUCAACCAGCUUCAAAGAACAAACUAGAGAAGGAAGUCCCCCAUUGUUUAAGGGAUGCUGCUGGAGAGCCGGCCACAGAGGUCAAAGGGGUCAACACAGAAACAGGUGGUGUUGUGGAAAAAAUGAUCCUCGAGAACGAAAAGAAAUGCUCAGAGAAAAUGAAGCAAGAUCCAUCUCAUAAUGAAUCAGGGCUGUUCUGCAGUCGUAACUGGGAUGGCUGGCUGUGCUGGGACGACACUCCAGCGGGAACCUUCGCCUCCCAAAACUGUCCAGAUUAUCUUCUUGACUUUGAACCCACAGAAAAAGCUGCUAAGUACUGUGGGGAGGAUGGGCAGUGGUUUCGUCACCCGGAUACCAACAGGACGUGGUCCAACUACACACUCUGCAACGAAAACACUCAGGCAAAGUUGAAGUCAGCGUACAUCCUGUUUUACAUGGCAAUUGUGGGUCACGCUUUAUCCACAGCCUCCCUGCUCAUCUCUCUGGCCAUCUUCUUCUACUUCAGGAGUCUGAGCUGCCAAAGGAUCACCCUCCACAAGAACCUGUUCUGCUCCUAUGUGCUCAAUUCAGCCCUCACCAUCAUCAACCUCGCAGCAGUGGUCAAUAACCCUGCAGUGGUUGUCAGAAACCCGGUUGGCUGUAAGGUGUUGCACUUCUUCCACAUGUACAUGCUGGGCUGCAAUUAUUUCUGGAUGCUGUGUGAAGGCAUCUACCUGCACACGCUCAUCGUGGUGGCCGUGUUUGCAGAGGAGCAGCAUCUGCACUGGUACUACCUCCUGGGCUGGGGCUUUCCUCUAGUGCCUGCAUCCAUCCAUGCUGUGGCAAGGAAAAAGUAUUUUGAUGACAACUGUUGGAUGAGUGUGGAAACCCAUCUGCUUUACGCCGUCCAUGGUCCCAUAAUGGCAGCGCUUAUUGUGAACCUCUUCUUCUUACUAAAUAUUAUUAGAGUGUUGGUGACCAAGUUGAGAGACACACACCGGGCAGAGUCCAACAUGUACAUGAAGGCAGUGAGAGCCACCUUGAUCCUGGUGCCCCUGCUGGGAAUACAGUUCGUCAUUAUUCCCUGGAGGCCAGAGAACCGCCUCGCUGGCGAGGUCUUCGAGUACAUCAUGCACAUACUCAUGCACUACCAGGGAUUACUGGUGGCAACAAUAUUCUGCUUUUUCAACGGAGAGGUGCAAGCAGCUCUAAAGAGACAGUGGAUGCAGUACAAAACCCAGUGGGGUCAGAGACGAAAGGACCACUGCUCAAUGCGCUCCACGUCCUACACGGCCACCUCCAUCACUGAGGUACCCGCCUUCAUGUACCACCAUGACUGUAACAGCGAACACUUGAACGGCCGCCACACUGAGGACUCUGAACUGGUGGCCCUAAAGUCAGGAGAGACAUACGCUUGAGCCCCUGAGCCACAACGGAGGAUAAAGAGUGUGGCGGCGGGAACAGCUGACGACGAGCAACUGAGCAACGGAGAUGUACAGUAAGAAAGGAAAAUCCAGUUUGCCCGCCAUAUCUCAGUGAUUAAAUCUCAGAGACUGACACGGGUUCGCUCACCCGAGGACGAUGAUACAGGUCCUGAUUCAUCGGGAUGGAGACGGAUUAGCUUCAAGGCUGACAUUUCAUUUUACUUUACUCUGAUGUUGUGUUUGUUUUUCCGAGAACUUUGAUGUCAAGAACUUGUGGCAUGAGACAAGAGCUGCUUCUGACACGUGUCACUACCUAAAGCUGCUAAAACUAUUGUGAGCACACUCUCAGUGCGACGGAGGCUGGUGCUGGUGUGGAGACAGAAAUAACUGUGAUGAAGGCGGCGGUGAGGAUGGUAUUUGUUCUGAUUUACAUGCGGUACAGGUGAAUAGUGUUUUCGAUGGUGUCAUGACGAUGAUUUUUAAGGUGAAGUAGAAGAAACAAUCCUUCCUAACCUCACCUAUACCAAAAGGUACUGUAUGUUGGUGACAGCUAUGAGGGGGCGUACCAUGUCCAGCUGAGCACAGAUGAGGUACCCUGAAGCUAAAGACACACACAUAAUCUAAUAUAAUAAUCUAAUAACUAAUUUCACAAACCUGAUCGUAUGUGCAAGGAAAGAGGUCAAAUUUAAAAAACAACUCUGCUUGAAGCUCUGGAAUUGUGUACAUAAUGUAUGUUUCAUUUGAAAAAAAAGUGUUUAAAUGUUUUUAAAGGAUUUUAUUUUUGUUUAUAUUAAUAUUUUAGUCUUGCCAAUUACUAAGUAUGUGCUAAGUGUGUGUCCUGUGAUGCUGCACUACCAACUGCUUUGUUGUUUUUGCAGCUGCUGUAUUUGUGCCGAUUAUCACAGGGCUAAGAAGCAAAAAGAAGCUAAAUGCACAUAAAAAAAAUAUAUGAAUAAAAAACUUUAUUUUCAGGUUGAACAGCCACAAGAGUUGUUUCACUGCAUAUGACUUAAGUAUGCUAACAGUUGUGCUAAUGGUUCUGACAAAGGGGCAGUUCCUCUGCAGUGCGGAAGCUGCACAGAUUUCACUCACGAUCAUCCUUUGUCACGCUCACGAGGCCUUUAAUCUAUCCCCCUCUUUCUUUUCUUUUUUUUAUUCUGUCGUCGGUGCAUAUUUACUCAUGAAUAUGGUAGCAUUGUUAUUAAUAAGCAUCCGGAGCAAAGUGAAAGGCUAGCUAAAGAUGAAAUGAUGAAAAGGUCACAUUCAUACUGUAAACACAGAGUCAACACAUUCAUAUCUUCAAGGCAUGUUCACAUCUUGCUCAUAAUUUAGCAUGGACAGCAAACAUGAAUAAUCUACUCUUUGUCCUAAAUACGUUCAUAUGACUCUAUUGUCAUUUUAUUGUUGCUUUGUCAUAACUGUGCCAUAGGAUUGUAGAGGAUGAAAGUUAAGAGCUAAGUCCACAACGAGUUUGCUUUGUAUCAGUAUAGCCACCAUUUCUAAAACUGAAUUCAGUGACUUGCAUAUAUCUAUAAAAGUUCCUUAGAAGCCCAAGGAGCUUCUAAACUGCACAUUUAAUAGCAGUCUAAUAGCCAGGUAGAAACAUGUAUUAUCCUUAAGCAUACAGCCAAUAAAGCCUCUAGCUGAUUAGUUUGUUGCCACUCACUUUUUACGUACUGAAAGACACGGAGAAGGUGCAUCUUUGAGGGUACAGCUAGGAUAUUCUAUUUUUCUGUUAUUUUGUUAAAUACAGUUUACUUGUUUUUUAAAAGCAAAGUAAUUUUCUAUAAGAGCAGUGCAUUAUAGUUUUUGCAAAAGUUACAAAAACAAGAGUAGGGAGUGUGUUUGUCGGGGAAUACUUUUUCAUUAAUACACAUUUGGUUCACUGGUGAGUAUUUACAGCAGCGGGACGAUGUAUAAGACAGAACCCUGGGUCGACUAACGACGAAGAAAUCACAAGAAUGCUUGAGUUGCAAAAAUAGGUUGAGAUGCUUUUAUUUACAAAAAAAUUGUGAAGAAUGAGAAAUUGGACGUUCACAGCAAAAACAGAAAGACCAAAAUGAUAUGCAGUUCACAAUAGACGUUUGACAGUAGACAGAUAAUACAAUACGUCAUUGUUGGUUUAGUCGCUUCAUGGGAUUUGCUGACAAAAACAAAGAUACAGAUAGAAAUAUCACCAGACUUUUUGGAAUCAUUUUAAACCUAAUCUGAGAUGACAUGUUUUGUUCUGAUCACAGACUCACUACAUUCUCUGUCUGCAUGGGUGCUACUGUGUUAUUAUCUGUUGAAUGUCUGGUCAUAAUGUACGUGAUUAUUUCUAUUCAUUAUUGUCAACUGGGAAAAACAGGAUUUGUGUGGGACAUUGGAGGGUUAAUAUGAAGUAUCGUUUGAAAUGUGUUUUUUUCCAUGGACCUAAAGUGUCAAGCUUAUACAAUUUGCACAUUUAGUCAGAAUGAGGCUCUGAAGUUGAUCUUUACAGUAUUUCAGUAAGUUCACAUUGUAAUAAUUGGCUUAUUAAUCACAUUAAUAUAUAAUUAACUAUAAUUAAAGAUAUAUUGUCAAAGCGGAAAGCACAAUGUAUCUAGAUAAAUAGCGGCAUCCAAAAAAAUCACCAGUGGAGGUGAACACUCAUUGCGAGCCAAUAACAUUGAAUUGGACUAAUUCGAUUAGAUCAAAUCAAAUCAUAUCCAGUUAUAAAAGUCAAGAAUGCAGCUCUUUACAAGAUGUGAAGUUUAAUUUACCAACAGGAAAUACAUUAGCCUCCCAAGCUAAUUUUUUUGUAGCUACAUUCCCCCUAAUCUCCUCCUGAAUGAAACAGUCAGGGAUUAUAAUAUUAUAAUUAUAUGAUCAUAUUAUAAUAUUGCAAUAUUAUAUUUCAAAUACUUUUUUUUUUUUUGCGAGCCAGGUAUAAAGAAAGAAACAGAGACAAUCAAUAUGAGAGACUGACAUCAUCGUAUGAUGGAAGAGUUUGUUUUCCCUUUCCCUAAUUUUAAAGUAUCUUAUUUAUUUAGUUUGAAUUUCAUCUUCAUCACGGUGAUUUGUCACACUGUAAGAUAUACUGUACUAUUAAUCUUUUGGGGUUUAGGGAAGACUGAUUCUGUAUAUUUUGUAUGUUCAGGCCAUGUAAAUACGAGCAGACACUGUGUUUACGAUAGAUUUUUGCACUGUGAAAUACUCUGACAGCUAUUUUUGUUAUGUUCUUGUCAUUUAUUUUGGCUUGUGUUGAUCUCCUUCUCCCUCUCAGCUCGGGCCUGCAUCAUCUCAAAGCUGAUAAAAACAAUUUGCAUUUUGUAAAACCAAA